AUGCUGCCUUACCAAAAACUGGAAAUGCUUAGUAACCCCCCCCAGCAUCAUUUUGAAUAUUUGCAAUACCGUGUUCCCUCUCACCCUGCUUUCCGUGCCCAGGAGACCGUGCAGGUCCUGCAGGCCAAGGUGAACAUCCUGGACGUGGCUGUGCUGGACCAAGUGGAGGCCUGGCUGCAGAGCGUCCUGGGGAAGGUGAAUGAAAUUGCCAAGCACAAGGCAACCGUGCAAGAUGCCGACAUCCAGAGCAAGAUCCACCAGACCUAUGAGACGAUGCAGCACUGGGACCCUGUGGCCAGCACCUUGCCUGAUGUUGUGCAGAGGCUGGUGACCCUCAGGGACCUGCAUGAGCAAGCCACACAGUUUGGGCAGGUCCUCAUGCACUUGGACACCACGCAGCAGGAGAUAGUGGGUGCUCUCAAGGCCAACACCAUGCGGCUGGCUGAGGUCCAGAAGACAAUGAAGGAAAACCUGGCUGUCGUAGAGGACAACUUUGCGGACAUAGAUGCCCGUGUCAAGCGGCUGCAGAAGUGACAGCACGCUGGAGACACCCUCGCACCGGGCAUCCCUGCCGCCGCCAGGGCCCUGCGACCCUCUGGGAAUCUCUCCCUCCCCAAGCGGGUACCAGCCCCUGCUUGUAUAUACCCUGGCUGUGCCCCCCUGCCCAGCAUGGGGGCUGGAGGGGUCCUCCCCACCCCUCCAUUCCCACCUCGGGAC